CAAGAUUAGCAUUGAAAACCCAGCUUAGGUUUCUAGCUUAGCUGGAAAUCCGUUAAUUUUGCGUGUGUUGAUCUAAAACUUGAAUUCUUGACGAAUCCUAUGAAGAAACGGUUUGGCAUCUUGAGCUUAAAAUGUCAUCGAACUACAGCGCCAAUCAGAUUAAUGGAUUAUUCUGGUUAUUCCAGUAUGACGGAGCAUACAAGCCGUCCACCAUGCGCAACUGGCAGACAGGAUGGGCGCAGCUGCGAGCGGACGCCACUGCAAAGCGCCCCAAUUUCCAAACCGGAGUAACAAUUCCCUUCUGCGAUCUGAACGGUCGCUUCGUCGACACUAAAUAUCGCGGUCCCACAGCGACGGCAUAUCCCAGCUUCGUCAGUACGUGGAACCUCCCGCGUCGGUUAGACGUCCAUCCCAACAUGCUGAAUGCCACAGCGCGCAAGGAUGGCGCAGCUGCGGAACUGAAGACGGCCUACCAACAGGGAAUGCAGGCGUUGCAUCCCUCGCUGGCCGAGCGGAUGCGGCAGAACACGCAGAUCGUGCAACGAACCGGGAAGAAAGCGUAGACGCUCUCCAGCCAGUUUAUUCGUCAAUAUAUUAUUUACGCACAAUAUUUUAGAAACAAAUUACUUCUCAUACCGUGGCGCUUUAAGGCCACGGUACGGAUACAACCUGCUUAUUGUAAUUAAAGUCUGGCUGACAAUUUAUUCAGAAUUUGAAGCAGACACUAUAGCUAUGCAGACACUAUAGCAGACACGCUAUGCAGACACUAUAGCGCACCGAAUGUUUCCGAGUCAUUGAA